GUGGCCUGGGCGGUGUUCAUCCCGCGCGUGACCACCCGUAGCCAUGGUCGGACCCGGGGCUGUUUUCCGCCGCCUUGGUGCCUUGUCUGGAGCGGGGGCCCUCGGCUUGGCCUCCUACGGGGCGCACGGCGCCCAUUUCCCCGACGCCUAUGGGAAAGAGCUCUUUGACAAGACCAACAAACAUCACUUCUUACACAGCCUGGCCCUUUUAGGGGUACCCCAUUGCAGAAAGCCCCUCUGGGCCGGUUUGCUACUAGUGUCUGGAACCACCUUAUUCUGCACCAGCUUUUACUACCAGGCUCUGAGUGGAGACCCUAGCAUCCAGAUGUUGGGCCCGGUGGGAGGGAGCCUACUACUUAUAGGCUGGCUUGCCUUGGCUCUUUGAAGUCUCCUAAUUACUGGUGUGUCUGGGUAAUUUGGGGGAAGUUGGGGGGAUUAAAAGAAAAAAAGCAAAUGAAAAACU